AUGUCGGACGACGAAUCGGCACCACGUGCGUCGAAAGAGGUCAGCAAGGGGAAAACGACGAAGAAAGAGAUCCAACCGAAGACGAGUCGUCGUUUGAGUCGAGGAAAUCGCGUGGACAAUGCGAGAAGUAUUCGACUACAGAAAUCCGCGGCUAAACGAGUUCGUCAAGAUGAACGGAAGAAAGUUCGCGAGAAAUUGGGCGACAAGGCGCCGCCAAAGGAACAACCGAGAACUAUUGAGAGCACGAGGGAGUAUGAUGUGACAAUGGUUGCCGAGGAGGAUGAAGAGGUCGAACACGAUGAGGAACACGACGAGUUCGCCUCGUACUUUCACAAAGAAACGACACCGAAAGUGCUCAUCACGAUGUCUCCGUUUGCCAAAGUGAAGACUUGGAAAUUCUGCUAUGAGUUGCAGAAAUGCAUUCCUGGCGCCGAGAUCUUUUCGCGCAAGAAUGUCGCUUUGAAGAAGGUUGUCAAGCAAGCCACCGAAAAGGAGUACACGGACUUGAUUGUCGUGCAUGAGGACGGGAAAAUGCCGAAUGGAAUCGUCUUUUGCCAUUUACCCGAGGGUCCCACCGCCUACUUUAAGAUUAAUAACUUGACGUUCACAAAGGAUAUCAAGAAAACCGGGGACACGACAGAUCAUUAUCCGGAGGUGAUUCUCAACAACUUCAAUACGAGACUCGGGCAUUCGAUCGCUCGAAUGUUUGCGUGCCUUUUCCCGCACAAUCCGGAAUUUAAGGGGCGGCGUGUGGUCACACUUCACAAUCAACGAGACUACAUUUUCUUCCGGCAUCACAGGUACGAGUUCAAGAAAGAGGGCAAAAAGGCGGCACUGUUGGAGCUGGGACCGCGAUUCACGUUGCGCUUGAAAUGGCUACAAAAGGGAACGUUCGACACGCGAUGCGGAGAGUUCGAAUGGGUGUUGAAGCGCCACGAGAUGGAGACAAGUCGUCGUCGGUUCUUCCUC